AUGGAUUUCCUUGGUCAUGUAGUUGGUCGUAGUGUUAUUAAACCAAUCUUGGGAGAAACCCAAGAUUCUAGAACCGAGGUCAGAUCUUUUAUUGGGCUUGAUGGUUAUUAUCGACGUUUUAUUAAGAAUGUGUCAUCUAUUGAAAUUCCUUUAUUAAAUUUAAUUAAAAGUAAAGAGUGUGAUGAUGCAUUCGCUUAUCUUAAAGAGCUGGAAGAAAGCUAUAGAUGUGCUCAUUGA